GCCAGGAGCCAAAAGCUUUUUUUCUUUCUAUUUCUCAGAGUCUGAUGAAUAAAUCAGAGCAUUCUCUUCAUCAAUGUGUCAGGAGACAAGCUCGAAUCCAUUAGAGAGGAAAAACGACAAGAACGUCAAAGUCCGCACUCUAGAAGCCGACUAGAAUUAUUGACAAACAACUGGAACCACGCUAUACGCAGUUGUCAAGGUUAUCAUCGAUUUUCCACCCAUUUUGAAAUAAAAAUUGGUAGGCGGGAAAAACAAAAAAAACGAAUAGGUAAAUAUGAGUCAGCUUCGUGUCCGUGCAUCGAGUAUACACACGCUAUACAUAUACGACACUCUGUUGCCGGCCAAUGGGAUGCUGCUUGUGAUCCCCAACACAAAUGCAAGUCCUAUAUUUAUUUAUUCCCUCCUUUUUUUCUUAUUCUUUCACCCCCCGACGACGAGGGGAGAGAAAAGAAGAAAAUCCUGCCGACUGGAAGGAACUCUACGUGUGCGUUGCGUAAGGGAAAGCUCUGGGCGGAUUGAACGCGGCCAUGCAAGUGCACACACACAGACAACACACACACACACGGGGGGUUGUAGUUAAGGGAGGAUGGUGUGGGGAUAAGAGAGAGUGGGGUGAGGAUGAAUCAUUUCGGAACGAGUGGUCGAAAAGGGACGGAUGAAAAGGGAAGUAAAAGGGAAAAUGGUGGAAUCAAAAGAGGGUGGAACAGAGAGAGAGAGGGUGAAAUAAGAUUGGACCUCCUCCUAUACACCCCACUCGAAAAUGAAGGAGGGUGGAACUAUAGAGAGAGGGAGGAGGGUGCAAAAAAAGGGAAAAUGUAAAAGGGACUUUUUCUCUCUCUUCCUCCAGCGGGGGUGGGACUUUCCAACCCUCUUCGACGUCGCUCGUUCCAGCAACCACGUCAAUACGCUUUCAUACGUAUUCGGAAGAGGUAGUAGACGUCAUUUGUUGUGUGUGUCAGUUCGUCUUCUGUUUCGUCGUAUUUCUGUGUCUCAGUGUCGUCGUCGCCAAAAAUUCGCCGCUCAAAAUUUUUAUUGUGUGAAAUUAUACGACGAUUUUGUGCGCGUGACUCACGCAAACUGUUGAACCCCCCCCCAAUAAAGUGAUCGAUUCCAUCGUGGUACUGCUGCCGACAUCUUGGAUUGAUGGUGGCGACAGUUUUGUUCCACGAUCAUUUCGUUUCGUGUUCCGUUUCGGUUAUUUUUCGCUCCUUCGGUUGCUGUUGACGACACGGAGAAAUUAAAUUGAUCCGAGUGAAAUUCCAGGAAAUUUGUCCAAACUUCCUUGAAAUCAUAUUUCCUUUGUUUGUUCAUCGAUUGUGAUCCUCGGUCGUAACCUGGCGGCCACUAGUGAGAGUCGACACGCUAAGGCGGUAGCCAUGUUGAUCACGGAGGUGAUGACUAACUCUUACGGGAACGCAGGUGGUGGGCACUUGGAGAACGGAAUGUCGCCCUACCAUCACCACCAGCAACAACAACAUCAUCAUCAUCAUCACGCUCAUCAGCAAGCCAAUCAACAACAUCACCAGAAUCAUUACCAGCAACAGCAGCAGCACGGGAUGAUGAACCAAGCCACGGCCAACAUGUUGGCCAACCAGCAGCAGCAGGCCAUCAAUCUCGCCCUUCAACAUCACCACCACCAGCAACAGCAGCAACAACAGUGGUUGUCGGCCAACCCGAACGGCGUCAACAACAACAGUGGCUUGAUCCAACACCCAACGGCUCCUCCAGCGACUCAGCAACAACAACAACAACAACAACCCAAAGACGCCGAAGCCAUCAAACUGUUUGUCGGCCAGAUUCCACGCAAUCUGGAGGAAGCUGAUCUACGCCCAAUGUUCGAGGAAUUCGGCAAAAUCUACGAACUCACCGUGCUCAAAGACAAGCUGACCGGCAUGCACAAAGGUUGCGCAUUUCUGACGUACUGCACCAGGGAGAGCGCCAUCAACGCCCAGAACGCGCUUCAUGAAAAGCGGACCUUGCCAGGGAUGAACCGUCCUAUUCAAGUGAAACCAGCAGACAGCGACAACAGAGGAGAGGAUCGUAAGCUUUUCGUGGGUAUGCUCAGCAAGCAGCAGACGGACGAAGACGUCAGACAAUUGUUUCUACCAUACGGCACCAUCGAGGAAUGCACUAUUCUUCGCGGACCAGACGGACAGAGUAAAGGUUGCGCAUUCGUCAAGUUCAGUACUCACGCCGAAGCCCAGACGGCCAUCAACAGUUUGCACGGGAGCCAGACAAUGCCCUAUUAUUGUCAAAUGAACCAGGGUGCAUCUUCGAGCCUGGUGGUGAAAUUCGCCGACACGGAGAAGGAGCGACAGCUCAGGAGAAUGCAGCAGAUGGCCGGCAACAUGGGCCUCAUCCAUCCGUUCGUCUUCAACCAGUUCGGCACCUACGGAUCUUACGCUCAGUUGGUACAGCAGCAAGCAGCCAUCAUGGCAGCAGCUUCCGCGGCUGGAGGAGGAGCCUACAUCGGAGCCGCCCCCAUGGCCAUUGCCACGCAGAUUCCGCCGUCUGCCCUCAACGGGAUCGCCAGCCCGGGUGUCGUGCCCUCUGCACAAGGAACAGGAUCCGGCGGUCAGGUCAAUGGUGGACUCUCGUCGAUCCCUUCGCCGACGAUGCCCAAUUUCGGAAUGGCCCCCAAUUCGGCUAACGGCCAAAACGGACCAAACGGACAGGAUCCGGCAUCUGUCUACAACGGUCUAGCUCAGGGUUAUCCCUCACAUCUUCCCUCUUUACUGGUGCUAGCACACGGCGGACUGGCCAAUGGCGAAGCGGCGCUACAGCCCGCCGCUUUCGCGGCACUUCAAACCUACCCCGGCGUCGCCUAUCCAGCCAUGUACGGACCCAUGGCUCAUCACUAUGGCAACGACGUAUCCGCCCUGACUCCAGGUUCUACCGAAGGUAGCGCUCACGGCUGCUCCAUCUCCGGUCCUGAGGGUUGCAACUUGUUCAUCUAUCACCUGCCACAAGAGUUUGGUGACGCCGAGCUGAUGCAAAUGUUCCUACCCUUCGGCAACGUAAUCAGCUCCAAAGUCUUUAUCGAUCGAGCCACCAAUCAAAGCAAAUGCUUCGGUUUUGUCAGUUUCGACAACCCGGCCAGUGCUCAGGCUGCUAUUCAGGCCAUGAAUGGCUUCCAGAUUGGCAUGAAGAGACUCAAAGUCCAGCUCAAACGGCCCAAAGACGCCAACCGACCUUACUAGCGUAUGUCCCAUCAAAGUGAAUUGGUGCCCAUCGGACAAUUGCCCCACAUCUAAAAAUGCACCCGUCUAACUUUCUACUAAACAACUAUAAAACAAAAAACCACACUGAAACGUAUCAUUUAACAGGACAGGAAGAAGAAAAACAAACAAACAAGACUUGUACGGAAAUUUUUGAAAAACCAAAAAAUGUGUAUCGUGUUGAUUCGUCUGAUGUCUGAGAGUUGGACUCAAGUGGAAACGGAACGGAAGUCACAAUGGCGGAGAGUGUGUGCUGCAUAAUGAUUCGAAACGAACUAAACCGAUCGAUCGUGACGCCCACCGACUCUUCUCUUGAUCUAUCUCUCUCUCUCUCCACGUCUUUUAUUUUUUUGAAAGAUGACAAAACCCCAAAAUAUUUGCAAAAAAUUCCCAAACUACUCCUCGAAGGAAGCUCUCGGCGACAGUUCCGGCAACAGUCGUCACACAACUUGAACAUUCCGCCCCUCGCGCUCUCCCUCUUCUCCGCUUUUGUUUUCCCUUUUAUAUUUCUGAAAGAAGAAGAAGAAGAAGAAACGACAUUCGCCUAACUACGAGGUCUACACAAUAACGAGCCCGGCUUUCUUUAUUCCUUUUUUUUUCCUUGUUUUCUUCUUCUCCUCUCGUCGUAAUCCGAUGUGGCAUCAAGUCCUGGUUUUCUCCCUUUGAAAAGGCCCCCCAAAAAAGGGAUAAAAACACGAGACAAAAAUCUCCAACAACAACCACAACAACAACAAGGAGGAGGAGCGCCCACAACUCAAUUCUUCGGCGCUCAGUGCGGCACGCGCGUGACUUGUCUUUGUGGCACGUCAGCUGGGCUAAGAAGAAAGAAGGAGAGAGAACCAGUGUACUAAAAACAACGGAUCGUCAAGAGAGAGAAAAAGAAUCGGAUGGAUGGAUGGAAGAAGAAGAAGAAGUGUCUGACCAAACAUUGCCAAAGAAUCUAGGGAAGAAACCAAAAUCAAUGGAGAAAUCAACGUCUUCAUUAAAAAAAAGGAGUGGUGCGACGAGCGCAAGUUUCUCUACAUGUACAUGUAAUCCCCAAGCCAUUUUAGACGGACUCUCGGGCGUCGAGAGAAUGUGAUCUUUUUCUUUCUUCUUCUUUUAUUUUUCCGGGAGAGAAAGAGAGAAAGAGUAAGAAGGCCGCCGCCGAAUUGCGUGUUCCUCUGUUGACUUUGGCGUCGUAAAAAGAAAAGAAGAAAAGUGAUGGGAAUUUUCUUUUUCUCCUUUCGAAAUCCACGAAACGGAAGGGAGAAAAAUACGAGCAAACAUUUCGUUUUCAUCACUCAGACUUCACGACCUCCUCUCCCCAUGACGUAUUAUAUAUACGCAUUUCGUACCUUGUGACAUUACGGGGUGAAUGGGGCCGUAUUCGCGUCAUCGUAUCAACAUUUCGCUCUCCGCGCUUCUCUUCGUCGAUCGAAUUCAAGCAAAUUUUGUGUUUCAAAACAUGGACAAAAGAAGAAAAUGCUGACACACACACAUGUUCUUGAAAUAUCUCCCCUACUGCGUAUUGCAGUUUGGCUUUUUUUUUUUUUUUUUUGAGAAAUCUUACUUUGUUCUAAUUUUAUUUUCAAUUCAAAAAUUUGAACGAUCUCAGCUGAAAAAGAUCGACAAAAAAGUAUGUGAAAAAUACUGUGGAGCCAAAGCUGAACAACAAAUUCUAGUCAGUUUGUCACAAUUGAUCUCUCUAUAUCUCAUUCCCCCAUUGUUAAAGUGGAAUUCACUUUUUAAAAAAUUCGGGCGUGAUAUGACGAUAAAUAACCAUUCCUCAAUCAUUUUAGUCAAAUAGUAGACUUUUGAAAUAGCGUGCUAUCUCUCUCUUUCUCGCUCUCUUGUCGCUCCCCCCAUCUCCUCGGCCUCUCCCUACUUAUAUCAUUAAAGAAAAUACUCUUGUGUGUGGCUCCUUGUUGAAUGAAAAAAAACCCUCAUACCCAACCAAAUUGAAAACAAAAAUUCUUCUUGAAAUUAUGAUCCAUGAAAUAAUUAUGUUGAUGACUGCUAUUGAAAUUGUGCCGUUGAUAAAAACUUGUUCGCUCCCCCAAUCCCGAGAUCCUCCCCCAUCCCAAAAGUUUCCCAAUGAAUUUUCUAACCUUUUUUCGUUUUUUUAAAUUUUUGUAAUUCCCAACCAAAAGUUUGUUCCCGAUAGAGACUCGAACAAACUUUGACGUCCGACAUCAGCCAAAGAAAUUUCAAAUUUUGAAAACGAGAAGGAUAAUUUAGGACGACUGACGUUCCUUUUCGUCUCAUCCCCACCCCCACCACCCCCACCCCUUUUUAGACACCUUAUAUAUUCCCGACCGAAAAGUUUUCCACCGUCAUUACUUUUGACUUUCGCCCCGCAGCGAAUUGUCGAGCUUUUAUUUCCAAAAAGUUAUUUCUCUAUCUCUCUCUCUCUUUGAAAGUGAAGAGUAGUCUAUAACCUCCUGCGCUAAUGGAUCGACUGCGCUUUUUGGUCCAAAUGAAAACCAGCACAUUUCUCAGAAUGCCAUUUGUAGGUACUAACUCAAAAAAGAAAGGGGAAAAAGAAAUGUUAGUCGAUUUUUUUUUCUUCGAACCCUAUCGUUCCAGAUUUUUUACAUUCAUUUCGAUAAAUUUAUACAUCGCGAGAUUUCUUUUUUCUAGAUUGCGAGAUUUUUUGAAAAACGUGAGCUGAUGCCGCUAUAUUGGAUCGUUUAUUUGUUGUGUUUGAAGAGCACAAAGAGCUUGCGAGCUUGGCUGAAUUGAACAAAAAAGGAAAAAAAAAAUACCAUAGCGCGAACAUAACGAGUUUAUGUAUUCCUCUUUCUCUUAUAAAACUCCCCCCACCAAUUCGCCCCCCCCCCCCGACUCUUAGGCCCAAAUGAAGGCGUUAUUUUCAUUGAUUUUUAAUAGAAACAUUGCAGUGCCAUCGAUUAACAUGAUCUCCCACUUGUCCCUCGUUUAAACCCUCAUACCCCCCAACCCCACCCCACUCCCUCGCUCCCAUCCCAACCCUCAACGUAAUUGCUUAUAGCCCAAACGUAUAAAUGGGUCUAUAACAAAAUGAUGAAUUUUUGAUGCCCCCUGCCAUUUAUAUCGCGCUCUUUUCCGUGCACUAUAUAACCAAUCUCCCCAGUGACCCUGUAUAAUUUUAAGCUAAUGUAGGAUGUAAGAGAAAAAAAAAAAUUCCCAGCAAAGAAAAAAAAAAUACGAGGAAAGAUGAAGUCAUUAGCCAAGCGAAUCAUUGAUUGAAGUCAUCCGAUACUUAACCAUUUUUUUUUACUUGAAAACUUUUUCUAGUCGCAAAGAAUUUUUUUUUAUUCGAUUCUAUUCCAGAAGUUAUUUUUUGAUUUCAUAUUCAAAGCGCUGAUCGAGUAGGUAGUAUGAUUUUGUUUCAUUUUACGCAUACAGUAUAUUAUUACAUCAUGUUCGAGGGAAAAUAACAAUACAAAUAGACAAAAUGCCCUUCUAAAUUGCAGCUGUAGCCGAUUUUUUUUCUUAUUUUUUUUCUCAUAUCCACUUUUUCCUUGCGAGAGAGUGUCAUCAUUCCGUUUGGAUUUUUUCGUCUCUCCAUCACAGCGCACGACUCUAAAAUAAAAAAAAUAAUUCUUUGAUUAUCUAUUUUCCAAAACGAAAAAAAGUCAACAAAAAAAAUCACGGUGGCGCGAAAAACAAACCAAAAAAUAAAAAAUUGAGAUCGUUAAUUUAAAAGGGAAAACAACGUCAUUCUACUUACGUGGAGGUGAAAUCCGAGUUCUAUAUUUGAUAUCCAAAUUUGGAACAUUAUUAUGAUUAACAAUUUGAUCCCCUCCCCUCUCUCUCUCGCCACGCCCGGUAUUUUUGCUCUGCCUCCUCUUCCUCUCUUUCUCUCUCUCUCUCUCGCCCCUCCCAUUUGAGAUUUUAAUUUUCUAAGUACAUUAUAUAAGCAAAUAAAUGAACUAAAAAAAAAACACAAAAAAACAAAAAAUAAAAAUAAAGUCUAAAAAAAGAAAGAAAAGAAAGCCCCUUCUCCCUUCGAUCAUCAUAUUUCCUCUAAUACUUAUAUAUAUUGCGCGACCAUUUAUCUAUAAUAUAUCCUGUUGCGGAUGAUAUUUCUUCUCCUUUCUCCUCCUCAUCCUUACUUCUUUCUUGUCUCACCCCAAAAUGACAUAAACACAAAAAACGCAGUUUCUUAAAAAAGCAAAAAGAAAAGGCGAAACGCCGGCCGAUUCCCAAAAUUAACAGAUUGUUACUACUACUACUACUACCACUUAUAUACCGUGUAUACCUUUCACCAUUGACAUUUUUCACAAAAGAGACAAAAGAAUCAACAAACAAAAGAUAAGAAAAACAUAUAGAGACAAAAAGACACAA